AUUGCAUUUUCUAGUUUUCCAUGGAAUUGCCAUGACAAUAUUGGCAAAAAAGUGACGUCUAACGUCUAAUUUCUUUGCAUUUGAGUUAUUUUUUCAGUGGAUAUUGUCAGCACAUGUGUUCUGUGUAUCUGGAAUGCAUUUAUUGACAGCCUACCCAACCCACUGAGGAUUUGAGGGAAAAAAAAUAUUUUUCACAUGCAGUUUUCUGGUCAAAUUAAAGGGUGCAUACACUAAAAUGGCCACAUUUUUUUGCGAUAUUUUCGGCAGAGCAGACCCUCCAAUUAAUUGGUUCUUAGGGUCAAAGUUAACAGAAAAAACACAAAUAAAAAGUAUGGAAGACCAUGUCAGGUUCAACCCAUUUUUGAGAUUUUGGUUCCCCAACUAAUUUAUUUAUCUGUUGGAACUUGUACAUUUACAAAUCCAGCAGCAAAGGCAAAAGGAAGAAUUAAACACAAGGGAGUAGGAACAUUAUUUCAGUACAUUUCUAUCCAAUUUAACUGUCCAAUGUUCAAAAGGUUGUAAGAACUUAGAUUUGUUGAGAAUUUGAAUGAAUGAAUUCAAAGUCCCACAUGUUAGGGCAAAUACAUUAUGAAAAGUAUGCAGAGAAACAAAUAAUGACAUAGCAAGGAAUUGAACAGGUUGUAAGAACAUGACCAGACGUGCCACUGAAUGUGUUGUGGUUUUGUGGAAGUUUAAACCUGCUCUGUUGGAGAGGCUGAUAUGUAGAAGACAUAGAGGUAGAGGUCCUAGAGGGGGAAAAACAUUUCUGAGCAUUGUCCAGGGGAAACCAUGUGCUUUAGAAAAGAGGACUUUCUGAUGGCUUCUGAGAGCCAAAAACAGGCAAGUAAUAUGGUUAGACUGAGUAGUCGUAUUGCAUCAGGCAUUUCAUUAUUUCUGCGCAGUUCACCAUGACACCAAAAUACACAGCCAGGAUGCCUUGUGUGAGGCUGAAUGUGGAGCAUACAGGACACAACUUUGCAGACUAUACCCUAUUGUGUUGUAUAAGUGUCUAUAUAUAUAUUUCAAAUCUAUAUGACUGUUAUUUUGUUUGUGUUGGAUUAAGGUUGUGUAAACAAGUAUGACACACUAACACAACAACUAUGCAAUAAAAUAUAUUCAUGCCACUUUAGUCACACAUUAGUACUGUAAAAUGUAAAUAUUAUAUUAAACAUGAAAUGGAAAUAAUACAAUGUAUUUCUUUCUUUUUUUGAUUACAUACGGGAAUACAUGGUUUUAUUUAGCUGAAAUGUUUCCUUGUAUGUGAUGGAUGAAAUCGAGGGCAGGCAUGCUUGCCUGCUAGACUCAUGAGAAUUCAUGUGCAGUGAUGUGCAGAGGUGUGGUACACUGUACAGUAACCUCAUACACAUUUUGGUGUGUGCAGGAGGCACGCUUGAUGGAUUCAGCUUUUGCAAGGAUGGGUUUAGAACUGCAUAUGAAAGUCCUGACUGAUGAAAUGCCAUCAGGAGAGUCUCAUUCACAGAUGCAACAGCCCACUGAACAAUGGGGCCAUUGGCCAGAGGUCGGAUCCCUGAGUGUCCCUCCCUGUACUUGGUGGUGAGGGGUUUUGAAGAAAAAUGACCCAUUGUCUCAGUCUUCAUCCUGCCAUGGAGCCUUAGUUGUGGACAGCAGCCUGAAAGUCAUCCCUGGAUGUUGUGUGCUGGCACAUUGGGAAAGCUUUCUUCGGCCCCCCAACACCCACCAUGGAGAGACUGUAGUUGAAACAACUUGCUGAGCACCAUGAGUUGGAGCUUCCUCACACGUCUUCUGGAAGAGAUCCACAACCACUCCACCUUUGUGGGGAAAGUGUGGCUGACUGUUCUCAUCAUCUUCCGCAUUGUGCUGACCGCCGUUGGGGGCGAGUCCAUCUACUCGGACGAGCAAACCAAAUUCACCUGCAACACCAAGCAGCCUGGCUGCGACAACGUGUGCUAUGACUCAUUCGCACCUCUCUCACACGUCCGGUUCUGGGUCUUUCAGAUCAUCAUGAUAUCUACACCCUCUGUCAUGUACCUAGGCUACGCCAUCCACAAAAUCGCUCGCUCUUCAGAGGAUGAGCGGCGAAAGUUCCACAGGUACCAAAGGAAGAACCACAACAGUCGCUGGCGAGACAGCCAUCCACUAGAACAGGUGCUUGAAGAGGAAGAGGAUGACGAUGCAGAGCCGAUGAUCUACGAAGAUGCUUUGGAAGUGCAGGAGGCAAAGCCUGACGUGACCAACGUUCCCAGUAGGGAUCUGCAGAAGCAUGACGGACGGCGGAGGAUCGUGCAGGAGGGCCUGAUGAAGAUCUACGUGAUUCAGCUCUUGUCCCGCGCCAUCUUCGAGAUCGGCUUCCUCGUGGGCCAGUACCUCCUGUACGGCUUCCGAGUCAAUCCGUCCUACGUGUGCAAUAAGAUCCCGUGUCCCCACAGGGUGGACUGCUUUAUCUCGCGGCCCACGGAGAAGACCAUCUUCCUGCUCAUCAUGUAUGUGGUCAGUUGCCUGUGCCUGGUGCUCAACGUUUGCGAGAUGUUUCACCUGGGCAUUGGCGCCUUCAGAGACAAUCUCCGCAGACGGAGGAACAAAGGUCGGCAGCCUGCCUACAGUUACUCUUACUCGAGGAACAUCCCAGCAUCGCCCCCGGGAUACAACCUGGUCAUUAAGUCCGACAAACCUGGCAAGAUGCCCAACAGUCUCAUAUCGCACGAGCAGAACAUGGCGAACGUGGCCCAAGAGCAGCACUGCAUAAGCCCUGAUGAGAACAUCCCCACUGACUUGGCCAGUCUACAUCGCCACCUACGGGUGGCCCAGGAGCAGUUGGAUAUGGCCUUUCAGACUUACAACACCAAAAACAACCCUCAGACCUCCAGAACCAGCAGCCCAGUAUCAGGGGGCACCAUGGCCGAACAGAACCGGGUCAACACGGCCCAGGAAAAGCAGGGGGCGAGGCCCAAAGCUGCCACUGAGAAAGCUGGAACAAUAGUCAAAAAUGGCAAGACAUCUGUAUGGAUCUAAAGUCACUGCAACAGUGUACAGUAGAUGUGUCAAAUGACUGGGCAUUAGUGGGACCAUGCAAGUAUUCAGUACUGUAUGGGAAGAUUUACUGACUAAAAAAAUUAACUAACACCACAUGAUCCAGCACAAUGUGCCUGAUCUUACAUACCAGUGUUACUGUAAGAGUGUCAAAAGUUAUCAUGAACACUGUGGGAGCAAAACUUGUUGAAAGGAAAUGUAAGUCUACCAUAUUCCAUACAUUAUUUGAGAUGUGUUUUUCCCUUGUGCUAGCCUCAGCAUUCUGUACUUUUCAUGUAUCUUACUGGUCUAAUUUUAGCAUGUCUGAAUCAUAUUAGAUAUGAGUCUCCUUAUAUAUACUGUAUUCAACAGUCUGAUAUCAGUUUACAGUACUUCCUCAUGAUGUCUUACAUCAGUUGUGUGAGUAGGAUACUGUAUGUUACACGUAGUGAUAUCUCUCAGAAAGGUUAUCAUAAGGUGUGCUCUUUAGCAUGAAUAUCAGUAGUCCCGUCACAUGGACUUGGUAAAUGAAGUGUGCAGCUUUUGGUUAACACUUAUUUUCCAGAUGGAUGACUGACAUAUACAUCAGAAUAUUUAUUUUUAAAAGGUGUUUACAACAGAGUGACCAUUAUUGUUUGAUUUUUUUUAUACAGUUCGCUGGAUUGUUUUAACUUCAUCCAUUUAUAUACCGAGUUACGUCUUUAUUUUGCGUUAAUAAUAUUCUUAGUUUUGUUUAAAAAUGUGCACAAUUAUGGAUAAGGAUUUUUGAUGGGUUUGGGUUUUUAAAGGUAUUAUAUUUCAAUAUGGGCAUUAUACAGUUUUUUUACAUUACAUAUGAGUAAUGCAAAAUGAGAUUUACAUUAAGCACAAUAAUUGAGCUACAUGGAACUGCCGACCAUAAAAAUGACAUUUUUGUCCCUUCAUCAUUCAUGUUUAAAAAUACAAAAUAGUUAUCUUGCAUUAUUGUUUUUGAAUAUAUUUUAUUUGGGAAUAUUCAUUGCGAUGUACCCAGAAGUACUGACCAGUGACAGGUUCACUCGAGUGGAAGCAGAGUGUGUUCAACAGCAUAUUGCGCAUGCAGUUUUGUGUCCUGGUGAUUGUUAGCUACAGUGUAUGAAGGAACAAAAUUCCCUUUCAAUCCAGAAGCUUUUUCUGGGUGUUUCUUUGCACCAGUGUGAGCGUAUGAGACUAAUAAUGUCACUGACUCAUGAUAAUACACUGGGAUUUCUGAUCUGACUGAUAUAUUGCCCAUUAAAAUACCUUUUCAAUUACAGAUAUUAAUCUGUAGGCCUGUGAAACUGUAGGCGUAUUGCAUAGACAAACAACAUGCAAAUAUUUAUGGUAGGCUAUGUAGUCAGCAUUAUUCUGAUUGUCUGACCAUAUGCAUCAACUGUAUACUGUUUUGAGACAUCAAAACAUAUGCUACUUGGUGAACUACGUUUGAGGUGCAUAAAGAAUAUGUGCAUUUCCAAUUUCAACCAACAAUUUAUUCAAGCAAACAACCUGCAUUUUCUUAUCUUUUAUUACAAUGCAAGCAUCCUACAUUAUGUAACCAUGAACCAGUCAAAAUAAUAUUACAACCUGUUUACUGAAGCCAAAUACAUCACAUGCAUUGUCAGAUAUUUGCAAGGAUGGCCCAUUGCACAUCAGCUGAGCAAAUUUAAACAUUGCAGGUCCUGACCACAGCACGUGUUGUGUUGGUUGUAUGUUGUGAAGCCAAAUACCUCACAACAAGUCUAUUAUAGAGACAUGGGAGAAUGUGGAUUUAGUUACAUGCAUCGUCAGAUAUUUGCAAGGAUGGCCCAUUGCACAUCAACUGAGCAAAUUUAAACAUUGGAAGUCCUGACCACAGCACGUGUUGUGUUGGUUGUAUGUUGUGAAGCCAGAUACCUCACAACAAGUCUAUUAUAGAGACAUGGGAGAAUGUGGAUUUAGUUACAUGCAUCGUCAGAUCUUUGCAAGGAUGGCCCAUUGCACAUCAACUGAGCAAAUUUAAACAUUGCAAGUCCUGACCACAGCACAUGUUGUGUUGGUUGUAUGUUGUGAAGCCAAAUACCUCACAACAAGUCUAUUAGAGACAUGGGAGAAUGUGGAUUUAGUUACAUGCAUCAUCAGAUAUUUGCAAGGAUGGCCCAUUGCACAUCAGCUGAGCAAAUCUAAACAUUGCAGGUCCUGACCACAGCAGGUGUUGUGUUGGUUGCAUGUUUUACGCUGAAGUGGCUUAGUCUGGGGACGAGGCUGUUCCUUUUGUGGUUCUGGAUUACGUUUUUAGCAAAAACAGGAAAUAUAAGUCCAGUCAGAAUGUUCUUCCACUGAUGGAUUUAGAUUUGAAAGUGUGAUCUGCAUCGCUUUAAAAUUCAUAUGGAAUUUACAUUUCUUUGACUUAAAGUUUAAACAUACACAAGCUCUUACUUUGGCCUAGAGGAACCAUGAACUAGUAUGUGACAGGCUGAACACUUUACCAAGGUUACAAUAAAUUAGGGGGAAAAGCUCAUUUGAUACUGCUACUGAUUUACUACUAGUACUACUAUUGUUACUGUUAUUAUUAUUAUUAUUAUUAUUAUUAUUAUUAUAAAACAAGACAUGGACUGCCCCAGUGUAGGCAUGGGAAAGCACCUUUUAGAAACUAUUUUAAAUGUCUGUGCCUUAAAAAUAAAGACUGUUUGUGUGGUUAUUCAUGCAAAUGUGGAAAUAAAUAUUGGGAUUAACUUAA